UUCGCUGGUCCUGAUCAGGUCACGUCCUUAAAUGAAAUCCCUAAUUCCUUAAAAUCAAAAUCACUGAAAUCUGAAGUUGCCUCCAACCUUUCCGUCGUUCACUGCCAAGUGCAUCCAUCGUCCGCCGCCAUCAACGGUUCGCGGCCAUCAACGGUUCGCCGCCAUCGACCGUCGACAACGGAGCUUAUUCUCAGCAUCAAUAUCCACGGGCUCACUGAAAUCGGAACUUGGGUCCAACCUCUCGGCCGUUCACUGCCCUGUUCAUCCAAUGUCCACCGCCAUCAAAAGAUUGGUGGAGGUGAGGCUCCUGAUGAAACAACACUCUUGUGUUCCCGAGGUUCAGACAGUGCAUUGGAGUUCCUGUCCACUUGCAAAUUGGCGAACCUAACAGUGAAGGCAGAGCUUGGUUGUUGCUUGCUUCAUAGAAGUGGAAGGCUAACUAUAGAUGGCUGCAUCCUUCAAUGUGAGUCAAACCCUUUGGACUAUCUCUCAUGCCCAAUCGUGACUACAGCUGGGGGGAGUGAGAUUUUCUCCUCCUCUGUGAAGACUAGUUGUGAUGGUGUUUCUGUUUCUCAAACUCGGAUAGAAGGGGGUUCCAAGGCUGUUGUUACAAGUGGGAAGCUGGCUUUGCAGCGAGUUCGAGUCAUCUGUUCUCGAACUUGUGUUUAUUUCUGGUUUGAUGUAGAAGAUAACUGAUGACAUCUCAAGCUAGCCUGUAACAUAAUGAACCUAGCUUUUUAUUUAUUCUCAUUGUUGAAUUGAUUCUGAAUAUAAAUGCUUUCAUUCAAGAUAA